CACUGGUGGGGGGAGGAGACAGAACAGGACAGUAUAAAACAGGGAGAAGGAGACUGCAGGCACACAGAAUACAAACUGAGAGACAUCCAGAGAAAGGACAGUGGGGAUAUACAUAGAGCAAACAACCAGAUCGAAAGGACUUCAACCUAACUGGACCAUAAUGGACACAGAGAGGAAGACAACAGCAGAGCAAAUGAAUGACAGGGAUCUGUCUGAACAGAUCAAAAAAGUGACCAAGGAUAGUCACGUCCGAGCAGAAAACACAGAAAUGAUGUUGAGCUUCCAAAGGGGACAAGUUACACUUCCACAAUAUAAGCUGCUCCUGUGUUCGCUCUACGAAAUCUACCAGGCUUUGGAGGAAGAACUGGACAGAAACUCAGAACACCCCAGUGUUGCACCUAUUUACUUCCCUGCUGAACUGGCCAGACUGGAGUCCAUUGAGAAAGAUCUGGAAUAUUUCUACGGUCAGUACUGGAGAGAGAAGAUUGUUGUCCCUGCAGCCACUAAAAGAUACUCCCACAGACUCAGACAGAUUGGCAAAGAAAACCCUGAAUUUCUGGUUGCACAUGCGUACACUCGGUACCUAGGUGACCUGUCUGGAGGGCAGGUUCUUGGUCGUAUUGCACAGAAGUCAAUGGCGCUGAAAAGCAAUGAGGGUCUAUCUUUUUUUGCCUUUCCUGGUGUGUCCAGCCCCAACCUGUUCAAACAGCUCUAUCGCAGCCGGAUGAACAGCAUAGAACUGACGGAGGAGGAGAGGAACGGUGUGCUAGAGGAGGCUGUUAGGGCCUUCGAGUUUAACAUUCAGGUGUUUGAUGAUUUACAAAAGAUGCUGACUGUCAGUGAAAACAUGCCACAGACGUGUUCAGCACCUUGCACGCUCCAGAUCCCUGGAUCAAUCAUCAACACAUCCCCGCUGCUCAGGAUGGUCCUGGGACUCUUUGUGGCUCUGGCUACUGUCAGUGUGGGAAUCUAUGUUAUGUAAAGAUAAAAUCUUAGCUUUUUUACUCUAAGUUUUUAAAAAAGCAAUUAAAAAUGCUAUCCUGAUAAUAUUACAAAGAUUUUAAGUGUCUUCAAAUGACAAAAUACCAUGCAAUAUUUGUGUAAAGUAUCUGAGAAUCACAUUUACAUAUACAUAGUGACUAAAACUGUUAUACAGUGAGCAUUAAAAUGUGCAAUAUAUGUGUUUUAAGUAUUGUAAAUAUGUGACCUUUUAAAUACAACUUUUUAAGAAACA